AUGCCUUUGGUCAAGAGAAACAUCGAGCCUCGGCACCUGUGCCACAGUGCAGUGCCUGAUGGGAUUGGCAACGAGCUGGAAUGUGUAACCAACAACACCCUGUCCGCCAUCAUCCGCCAGCUCAGUAGUCUGAGUAAACAUGCAGAAAAUGUUUUUGGGGAGCUUUUUAAUGAGGCCAACACCUUUUACGGGCGUGCCAACUCUCUCCAGGACCGCAUUGACCGCUUGGCUGUCAAGGUCACCCAGCUGGACUCCAGUGUGGAGGAGGUAUCUCUUCAGGACAUAAACAUGAGGAAGGCAUUCAGAAGCUCUACUGUCCAGGACCAGCAGGUUUUGUCCAAAGGCAGCAUUCCAAACUCUGUGGCUGAGAUGCACAACAGCAGCGACAAGCCUCCUCCCCUCAGCACCCUCUCUGCCUACAGAGAGGAUUCCACUGAUGCAAUGAAAUUCUACUCAGACCCGUCGUACUUCUUUGACUUGUGGAAAGAGAAAAUGCUUCAGGACACAGAGGACAAACGGAAAGAAAGGCGAAGGCAAAGGGAACAGAAGCGAUGCGUGGAUAGCAACACGCUUCAGCGUGAGGUGAAGAAGGUGAGGAAGGUUAGAAACCGCAGGCAAGAGUGGAACAUGAUGGCAUUCGAUAAAGAGCUUCGUCCGGAUCACCGCCAUCCGCAGACUCUGCGCCGAGGGGCGUCGUCCGAGGGGUCGCUCUCUCCAGACGGCAGGCCUGACCUCCUAGACUACCCCAUCCCUCCAGUGCCUACCCACGCUGCUUGUAAUUAUGCCAAGUCACAUGAUUACGUGCCUGGGAACGCACACCCCUCACCACCUGUGGAGCAUGAAUACCACAGCAUUGAUGUCAACUACAAGAGAGUAACGUAUGCCACAGCAGAACCUCACGCUGCAGACCGGAUGAACGGUUCAAUGCGUCCACCUGCAGAUUACAACUCCGGCCCCCCACCUCCUGCGCAGGGCCCACCCAUCCCAUCAGCCCAGACAGCCUUCGGUUUUCCUCUGGGUGCACUACCACCAACACCACAUAAUGGAGUCGUGCAUGUAGGCCCGGGCUACCCGCUCCCACCCGUACCUCCUCCAGGGCCAUGCAUGGUCCCUCCUCCCCCAGGUCCCCCACCUCCACCUCUCCCUCCUCCAGCUGCACCCUCGCACCUAGCAGGACACAGCGAAGGCAGCAGAGCUGAGACUAAACCUGUAGGGGGUGCAAGAAGUGACUUGCUGUCCGCUAUCCGCAUAGGCAUCCAGCUGAAGAAGGUCCAAGAGCAGCAGGAGCAGCAGAACAAGCGGGAGCCGGUGGGGAACGACGUGGCCACCAUCCUGUCCCGACGCAUUGCGGUGGAGUACAGUGACUCUGAAGAUGACUCUGAGCUGGAUGAAAAUGAGUGGUCAGACUGACCAAACACAAAAGUUUAGCACCUGGCUGAAGUUCUGCUUUACUGGAUCUUCAGUGCAGAUAAAACAGAACUGUGAAUCCCUCGCUUUGGCUCCCCCUAGUGGGCCUUACAUACCAACCCACUGCUGCAGAGUACCUUUACUUCAUCUUAUAUUAUUAAAAUCUGCAGCUACAUGUUUUUUCUCAUGAUGAUAAUUGCAGUUUGCAAAGUGAGCAGUUUGCACCAUUUUUCUGAAACAGGUGAAUUCUCAGAUAUACUACAGUCCACUGAUUCAUUGAUUAACCACUGAUGAAAUGUGAGCCAUUAGUUUUGUGUCAAUCUAAAUCUAAUCUACUAAUAAAAUGCCCUCUCCUAACUGACACCUUGAACACACCAUACCCAUCACUCCAUUGAUGAAAUGUGUACUAGAUUUUAAAACCGAUGUCCCAGUACGAGAUCUUUUAAAGAUUUUGACAUGUCACAGUAGGAAAAGCACAGGUAUAAAUAAUAAAAAUGAUUGGCUGAAUUCUACAUAACUGCUUCAGUUUCAGGGUCCUGGUAUUUUCCUAUAAGUCAACAUGUCUGCUAUGAAAACAGCCUGUUAUAUAGCAAUAUUAAGUAAAACUUUCAAAGAUUUCAGUAUUUAUUUUUUUAUCAUUUUAUAAAAUCACACAUUCCUGGUAAUAUUUUUGACUAAAUGUACUCUGCCAUAUAUUAUGUGAGUGAAUAAUUCCAUGAGACAUUGUGUAAUUGCUACCUCAAUUUGUGAUUAUUUCACUGUCCCACAGUAUGUGCAGUAGGGUAUCAUAGCCAGUCUGA